AUCAAUUUUCAGAAGAGAAUCAAUUAAAAGUACUUGAAUAUCAAAUCAGAUCACUCAUUGCAUUAGAAGAAGAUGCUUCCCAAUUGAUUGUUAAUGGGAAAUCCCAAUUCCCUGGAAAUGAACAAUUCUUUCAAGUUUUAGGAGCAUGGGAUGAUUUAAAAUCAUUUGGAGUGGAUGAUUCACCAUAUUUUGAAGAUGUUAAAACUGCUGAAUUUGAAUUACAAGCGAUUUUAACUGCUAUUUAUUUAGUUAAAUUAAAGAAAGAUAUUGAUCAAGCCAUUGUUCUUUUAACUACUUAUAUCGAUAGUGGAGUUUCAAGUACUAUAAAAUAUAAUGAAUUAGAACCAAUUUUAAUUUUAAUUCAAUUAUAUUUAAUUAAAGGGAACUUUUUAGCUGCUAAUAAAUUAUUUUUAAAUUUUAAGAAUUAUCCAGAUUCAGCAAGAGAUAAUAUAAUAUAUCAUGUUUUAGAAUCAUGGUUAUUAUCCAUAAAGGGAGAAUCAGAUAAUAUUAGUAAUGCUUAUUAUUUUUAUGAUGAAUUAUUAUCAUCAGAUUUUGAUGAAGAUUCUCAAGGUAAAGCUAAGAUUUUAAAUGUUUUAUUUGUAUUAACUUUACAAUUGAAACAUUAUCCUGAAGCACAAGAGAUAAGUGGACAAAUUAAAGCUUUAAAUGGUAAGAGUAAUGCUGAUUUUGUGGCCAAUAGUAUUAUAUUUGAUUAUUUAGUAAAUAGUGGAGAUAAUGUUGAACAAUUAUUAACUGAUUUAAAAGUUCAAGAUGGUGAACAUCCACUUUUAGUUGAUUUAGAAGAAAAGAAUCAAUUAUUUGACGAAAUAGUUUUAAAAUAUAAAGUUUAAUCUUAAAAAGUAUACAGAAAAGAAUUUAUAUAAAGUAACUAAAUAUUA